UGGUAUCGAUGCGACGUGAAAAUUAAUAAAUCUACGAUGUACCUCUUCCCUUAUCCCCAAGUGAGUGCCUUGGUAGCCAUGGCCGAGGGUCGCGGUUUGUCGCAAUCGUCUUCCCAGGAAAGGACGGAUCUGGUGGCGUACUGGAGCGUUCCAUUGCUGGACGGCGUGCACACGAUCGAGUUCGAACAUGGGACCACUAGCGGCAAAAGGGUAGUUCGGGUGGAUGGGAAGGAAAUAAUUAGACGAGAAUGGAUGUUCAAACUAGUCGGGGAAGAAAUAUUUAAUGUAGGAAAGCAACACGCAAAAUGCGUGUUACGGGUCGAUCCAAUGCCCCAUUUCACCUUCUCCUAUAGUCUAUACGUCGACGGGAAACCUUUGGAAAAGUUCACGGAAAAGCAGUCCCAAUCGAUACGGUCCUGGGCCGUUUUGUCUGAAGGGAAACGGUAUAGGGUAGUAUUUGAAAAGCAGUCUUUGGACAUUCACGUCAACGGGCAGGUUAUCGAGGCUGAAAAUUCGUUUGUAGACGAUGGCACUGAAAUGAAGUUCGAACUGGGCUCCUCGAAAGCUAUAAUAAAGGCGAAUUGUUGUGACAAAAAACAAGGAGUAAUACAUCAGUUGUUUGUGAAUAGUGCAUUGAUCGAAGAGGACACUUUCAGUUAACACUAUCGUAAAAUAAUGUAAAUAUUAAAAAUACUAGCUUGAGUAAAGUAACGAAGAAAGCACAAGUUAUUCCCAAUAUUAAAAAUAUAAUUAUAUUAAUUAUAUUAAUUAUAUUAAUUAUAUUAUACCUACAUCUACUAA